AGUCACAAAUUUGAGCUCAAGGUAUACUCGCAUGACUCGGAAAGGUACUGCAAAGCUAGAUGAGCUUCGCAAGAUCGAGGGUCAGGUGCAGACUUUUUGGGAGUCGAAUAAAAUAUUUGAAGCAGACGUUCCUUUGAAAAACAGUGAAACAAUUGAAAAGUACUUCGUCACUUUCCCUUACCCCUAUAUGAAUGGGAGACUACAUUUGGGUCACACAUUUUCUUUGUCGAAAUGCGAGGUAAGCGGAACUAUCUUGUAAAUGCGCGAAGUUUUCCGUAGGGUACGAACGACUGAAGGGCAAGUUGGCUCUGUGGCCGUUCGGUCUUCAUUGCACCGGUACGCCUAUCCUAGCAUCUGCAGACAAAUUAUCACGAGAAUGCAAGGAGUUUGGUUGUCCACCUGUCUUCCCACACGAGGCUUCGGAGCUUUCUGCUAGUAUGGAGACAACUCCUGCUCAAGGUAAAAGCAAAAAAAGUAAAGCUAUUGCGAAGACUGGUGGCGCAAAGUUUCAGUGGCAAAUAAUGGAAAGCCUUGGCAUGGAUAACAAUGAAAUCGCUAAAUUUAAAGACCCUGAAUACUGGUUGAAAUUUUUCCCUGCUUUAGCUGUUGAUGACCUGCGUAAACUAGGUGUCAAGGUGGGUUUCAUGUACUCCAGCCGUCUUUAUUUUAUCUCUGGUGCUGUGUUUAUAUUUAAUAAACCUUAUUCUUUAUACUUCAUGUAUGUCAGUGGUAUCCGUACUUACCAGCUAUAUCUAUUUAUGAUUCAUCGUGAUUGACAAUGUUUUGUGGGCAAAGGUCACUAAAUGCUGCUGUUUCUUCAGGUAGUUUAUCUGCCACUAGUUUACUUAUGCUGUUCAUGCAUCUUCAUUUCCAAACCAUGAUGAUUGUUUCAAUCCUUAACUGGGUCUAUUAACCGAAUUUAAUGCAAAUUCUCUGUCAGACUAGUAAUACGCAUACGAUUUAUCGACUCGUCUCUUUUCAUUUCUUAGUCAGUUUCAUAUACUUGAGAACUAUCCUACACGAUGAAUAGUCAGCAUUUCUAUCAUAGCUUUUAUGAGAGGAGAGUUCUUACAUGUAAUAAGCAAUGCGUAUUGAAUUAUUAGGGAUUAUGUGCCUAAAACUGGUCUGAAAUCCCACACAUUGGCUGUUUCAGUCACUGUCUUACAUACUGAAGGCCAAUGUAAUUAAAUCAUCAGGUACAGGUCAGUCUACAUAGGUUGGACCCACACUGGAAGUGUGGGUGCCAAUAAUAUUACCUUAUUGUCUAAAUCAGAGUAGGUUUGAACAUGCAAUUUAGUAGUUAAAAACCGAACACACUCAUAGAGUAAUUGCUCCACUUACAGCCGAUAAUAGUUAACAUAGGACUAGGCAUUAUUAUAUAUCCCAACUGAUCAGCCCUAAUGGGUUGGUGUCUGACGAAAUCUCUGCACGGAUUCAAAAAGCUCGUUUGGCUUUUUCCAACUUACUUCACCUAAGGCAAAGGCGAGAUAUCCGUCCACAAUUAAGGGGCGAGUAUACUGCUCAGCAGUUCGUUCUGUUUUACUUUACGACUGCGAAUUGUGUAGAGUAGAAGAUACUCAUAAGUUACUAAUAUUUGGAAACAUGUCUUAAAAAUAUUGCUCACAUCCUCUGGGAUCACCAGGUAAGUAUUAGUGAGAUUGGAUGCAGGGUAUUAGCCAAUGAAAGUAAAUCAGUUGAUGACGUUAUGAAUCCUCAUCGACUGAGAUGGUUGGGUCACGUAUUAAUCAUGAUCAACAAUCGAUUACCACGACGUGCAAUGCUGACUAGUGUUGGUGAUGGUUGGAAUCAAGUUAGGGGAGGCCAAACCAAAACGUGGCAUCAGUCCUUGAAGUCAUUUGCUUCUGGUCUGAGCCACGUUGAUGGAUGAAGACUAUUCGGUUGGGGUCUGUGUGACCAUCGUUACAAAUGGUUGGAGACUUUUGGUGACACGGCUCAGAAUCGAUCACAAUGGCGUAUGUGUAUACACUCUUUGUUUUCCCUUAAACCGCGAGAUUAAAAUUGCUUUAUAUCUUUCUUUCAACUAAAUAAUCCUUUCUUCCUCAUAUGCAAUCUUUUUUAUAUAUAUUACCACCAUUGAAUUAAUUGCUUCUAUGAAUCCGGUGUUCAUCUUGUGCUAAGGAGGCUUGGAAACUUGGACAGGUGCACAUAUGUGCCUGGUCUUACGUUGUAGCUGACUGACUUGUCACACUUCAUAUAAAAGAAAUCAGCUAUCCAGUCACCAACGUAGAGCUUAGCAAUAGUGUGGACUGAUGCAAGUUGCCAUACCCCACUAUCUAGACGUUAGAGUAGCAAGAUGUACAGCCGAGAAGGUUGAAAUAAUUUAGUAGCAAGGACAGUGGAAUAGGCUAAGCAUUGAAAAUCAGGUUUGAAGUAAGUAGAAGGGGAUACUUAAAGGUAUACCAUAAUUCAAGAUUGGAAGAUAAAGAAUGAAUGCAUCCGCGCUAUUGUAAACGGUUGUAACCCAUGCCAUUUUCAGUCUGCAGCUACUGAUCGCCACUACCUUGUGAACGCCAGCCAGACUAGAUCUAUAUCUUCAUUUAAUCGCCCCUAGUUUUCGGGUAGAAUACCAGAAGUAGGAAUUAAUUAGUUUUGAAUCAGUGUGAUGGUUGUGGGAACAGGAAUACUUACUGUGGGCUAUAAUCGGACGGAUGUGCUAUUAGUUCAAGGAAAUAAAUCUAAUGAGGUUUCUAACAGCACUAGUUUAUCAGGGUUAUGUUCGCGAUUUGAAAUAUUCUUUGCUAGUAUUGUUCUCAACGACACUAUAUUAAACACAGAAAAGCUCCAUAUAAUCAUAUAGAACUAUAAUACAGCGUGAUUUUUAAGAUAAUACGUCUUCCUACUCAUUUCUUUUUGAAGGACGUUUCGUUCAUUAGUAUUUACGUUAAUUGGUGUUUUUUGGUCAUUUAUGUCGCCUUAAGUCUGUGAAUGUUGAUGGCUGCGCAACGACGGUAAUAAGACAAGGUUAUGAUGUCUGUUGAUUUUCUCAUUCAGAAGGCCCUAAUAAUGUUAACAAUAAUAUUUUAUCUCAAUAAGUUUAGUAGGCUACACUGCAGAAUACUAACUCGUGGUAAAAUGAUCUCUUGAAUUUUUCUAAUGUUAGGUUGAUUGGAGGAGAUCCUUUAUUACAACAGAUGCUAAUCCCUACUAUGAUUCAUUUGUUCGUUGGCAGUUCCUGACUCUUAAGAAGCAAGGAAAAAUUCAGUAUGGUAAACGAUACACCAUAUUCUCUGCUCGAGAUAAUCAGCCAUGUAUGGAUCAUGAGCGAACUGUUGGAGAGGGUGUCGUUCCACAAGAAUAUACGUUGAUUAAGUUGAAAGUCAUAUCCGAAUUUCCUUCGAAAUUCAGUUGCGUAAACCAAUUAAAAGAACCCAUAUUCCUUGUUGCGGCAACUCUACGUCCUGAAACGAUGUUUGGCCAAACUAAUUGUUGGGUACAUCCAGAUAUAGAUUAUGUCGGAGUGAAAAGCACACAACAGUCUUGUAUACUAAUUUGUACUCAACGCGCUGCUCAAAAUAUGGCUUAUCAGGGUAUUUUAGAUCCUUCACACCCUGGGCACAUCGAUAUAGUCGCGAAUUUCAAAGGUGCUGAUCUUCUCGGAUUAAAAGUCAAGGCUCCGUUAUCCUCUUAUGAAUCUGGAGUUUUCGUUUUACCUAUGAUGUCGAUUCGAUCUUCUAAAGGUACCGGAAUUGUGACUAGUGUUCCUAGCGAUUCUCCAGAUGACUGGGUCGCUUUGCAAGACUUAAUUAAAAAGCCUGCAUUCCGGACGAAAUACAAUCUUCUUGAUUCGAUGGUCAUACCAUUCGAACCGAUACCCAUAAUUGAGACACCGGGUUUAGGUAGUUUACCAGCUGUCACAAUAGUAGAUCAGUUAAAGAUUCAAAGUCAAAAUGAUCGAGAUAAAUUACAAGAGGCCAAAGAAAAAGUUUAUCGUGUUGGUUUUUACGAUGGGAUUAUGCUGGUUGAAAAAUAUAAAGGUUUAAAGGUGAAUUCAGUGAAAAAACUUAUUCAAGACCAAUUAGUUGAAACGAAUGAAGCUAUAAUUUAUUACGAGCCGGAAAAUCUAGUCGUUACACGUGGUGGUGAUGAAGCAGUGGUUGCUUUGUGUGAUCAAUGGUAUCUAGAUUACGGCUCAGAGGAAUGGAAAACAGAAGUCCGUAAAGCAGUAGCUAACAUGUCAGCAACCGAUGAGGUUAGACGCGGUCUUUAUUCAACCGUUGACUGGUUACAUGAACAUGCUUGCUCUCGUACAUAUGGUUUGGGUACUCGUUUACCAUGGGAUGAUAAAUGGCUUAUUGAAUCUUUAUCUGACUCUACAAUAUAUAUGGCAUAUUAUACAAUAGCUCAUUUGUUACAGGACGGGUCAUUAGAUGGUAGAAAACCUGGUCCUCUUAAAAUUUGGCCAGAACACAUGACACCAGAAGUGUGGGAUUACAUAUUUUUAGGAAUAGGAAAUCCAGAGGAUUUAGUCGAAACGAAAAGUCAUUCCUCUCUAAGUGUACCAAUUUUGAAGAGACUUCGUCAAGAAUUUCUUUUCUGGUAUCCAGUUGAUUUAAGAGUUAGCGGAAAGGAUCUUAUCUCCAAUCAUUUAACCUACUACUUAUACAAUCACAUUGCUAUAUGGCCAAAUGAACCAAAUUUAUGGCCUCGAAGUAUACGUGCCAAUGGCCAUUUGUUAUUGAACUCUAAUAAGAUGUCAAAAUCAACUGGUAAUUUUCUCACUUUAGCAGAUGCUGUGGAAAAGUACUCAGCUGAUGGUGUUCGUCUUGCUUUGGCUGAUGCUGGUGAUUCGUUAGACGAUGCUAAUAUAAAAGAAGAGAUGGCUGAAGCUGGACUUUUACGUUUAUAUGGCCUUUUGGAUUGGUUUAAUAUGACAUUGGAGAUUUUAAAUGAUUCAAGUUUACAACAAAAAUCUGAUUAUCGAACAGGUGCUUAUACAAUGCAUGCAGAUUUUGUUUUUGAAAAUGAAAUGAAUAAUACGAUUGAAUUGGCCGAUAAAGCAUACGCUUCACAUGAAUACAGAGAAGUACUUAAAAUUGUAUUUUAUGAACUUCAGGCACAUCGUGACCGUUAUCGUGAAGUUUGUCAAGGCAGUGUACAUACUAAUCUAAUUCGACGUUAUAUGAAUAUUCAAUUACUACUACUUAGUCCAAUUUGUUCACAUGUUUGUGAACACAUAUGGAUUAAUUUGUUAAACAACAAGACAUCAAUCUUUUGUGAAAAGUGGCCCGAGCUAAGUUGUCCAGUAGAUCGAAUACUUUUGCUACAAGGUCGUUACAUAGAUGAUACAGCUCAUACUUUUAGAUUACAACUUAAACAAUACCAAUCAUCAAAGUCUUUCAAAAGUAGUAAAUCUGUUGGAUCCCAUUCUGUUACUCAGUUUAUUCCACCUUCGGAUGCUGUUGUUUGGGUUGCUAAAGCUUAUCCAGCAUGGCAGGCACAAAUUCUUGAAAUUAUGGCAGCUAAUCUUUCUGACGAUGGUAAAACGUUAGCAGAUAAUGCAACGUUAGCUCAACUUUUACGUCCUCAUCUAAAGGCUAUGGGUAAAAUGGCAAAACGUGCUAUGCCAUUUGUACAAUUAGUCCGGGAACGGUUUGUAAUUCACGGUAAACGAGUUCUUCAACUUCAGUUGGAGGUAGAUGAAUGCGAAGUAAUUAAAAAGAAUUUAUCCUAUCUUAUAUCAACUUUAGGUUUACGACAACCUGAUGGUUUAAAAAUCAACUACUCAUGUGACUCUAAUGAUAGUCGUAUUGAAGAAAGUGUUUGUCCUUUAGAGCCUCUUAUUUUGUUUUGUGAACCAUCUACCUCAGCAUCCAUGACGUUUUUAAAUCCGGAUAUUGGUUCAGGUCUCUUUACACUUAAUGGUGUUACUAUUUUUGACGGCGACACAUAUACCGAUGUGGUCUCACGUGUAGUCACUCACUGUCGUUCACUUGCGUUAAACAGUAAAGACUUAAAAAACAUAACAUUGUACCGUUUUACCGAUCCUACAUGCGGACAUUUACGCGUUCCUCCUUACCCUAUGGAAGCUUUACAAAUUGUCCAGCCAACAGCUCGUUUUGUAGUCGAUGCAUCAUCCAUCAUAACUCUGAAGAUUGGUAGUGAUUUUAUUCCUAUUGGCAAAAAGCUUGUGUACACAACUACCGUGUCGUCAUGAUCAUCUACUAGAAUAAAGCUUUUUAUUUUUGGGUUGCUUUUUAUACAGUGUGUUUAGUUCAUUCAGGGAUUAAAAAUAUCUAUCACC